AACAACAAACGGAUAAACCUUGGGCUGCCUGAAGUGAACCAAUAUCUAUCAUUUUAGUAUUUAUUUAACUUAACCAACCUCCCUUUUGUGCUCACUCCUGUUUCUCUCUCUCUGUGUGCUACUGUGUGUGUUCUCUUCUCUGCUCCAAUCAAUCAAUCAGUUAAGGAAUAUGCAAGGAGGAAUUAGGGCGUUCGUAUCACAAGGAAGCAUUGUGAAGAAUGCUGUUUUGCAACAUGCUCGGCUAGUGAACCCGCUCAAACCGUUGUUGAUAUCACGCUAUGAGUCAACUUCAGCAGCUCGUAUCGAAGAACAAGGGUUUGAAAGCACCAAAAUCUCAGAUGUCUUGCAAGCAAAGGGAAAAGGUGCAGAUGGCUCAUGGCUCUGGUGCACCACUGAUGAUUCUGUGUAUGAUGCUGUCAAAUCGAUGACACAACACAAUGUUGGUGCUUUGGUUGUGGUCAAACCUGGCGAGAAAUCGUCUAUUGCUGGAAUUAUCACAGAAAGAGAUUAUCUCAGGAAAAUCAUUGUGCAAGGCAGAUCAUCAAAGUCAACUAAGGUUGGAGAUAUCAUGACUGAAGAGAACAAACUUAUUACCGUAACGCCUGACACCAAAGUUCUGAAAGCAAUGCAGCUAAUGACAGAUAAUCGUAUCAGGCACAUUCCAGUGAUCGAUGAGAAGGGAAUGCAGGGCAUGGUUUCCAUAGGAGACGUGGUUCGUGCUGUGGUGAGCGAACAUCGAGAAGAACUCAACCGUUUGAAUGCAUUCAUACAGGGCGGCUACUAAAACUGGUUAAUGAGCCGCAGACAGUGGUUAACCAGAAGGGUAUGUUUCGGUUUUAAUAACGAGGUAGUCAUUUUAGGUAUGUGUAAAUAUUUUCUGGAUGUUUUCGUGUUUCUUCUGCUGUUAUCGAGGAUGUUGUCACUCGGGAUACCUGAUAAUAACGAACCUUUUAAAUGCUUGAAGCUAUUUACUGUUUUUUCCUUCUAUAUUUCAAA